UGCUUUUCUUUUAAGAAAGUCAGUUUAGUAAGAAAAAUGUGUUCAAUGUGCUGUUUUAAAAAAAAUAAUCUGUCAGUGAAAUAAUCGCUCCAUGUGUUUGUCUCUGCAGUUCAACAACGUCGGCACACAUCAUUGAGUCAUUGUCAUUGAGAGUAUGAAUAAAUCCAGUCGUGGAGACUUUGAAGACUCCUUUACGAGACUUUGGUCUCCAGGAGAUAUCGACACGGACAGAGGAAGACAGGAGCCAGAGGAGCGAAGGAAGAGGACGAUGGCCCAGUUCCAGGAGAGGGGCAGGAGAAAGGAGGAGAGGGAGAGACAGGUGGAUGAACAGAAAGAAAGAGAGGAGCAGGAGAAGAAUGACAGUGGGAUGGAGAGAGUGAAGAGGAUACUGGUCAAGCCAUGGAUCUUUGCAAAGAAGGAGAAGGAAACACAGGUGGAUAAACAGAAAGGAAGAGAGGAGCCGGAGGAGCUAGUGGAGCUAGUGGAGCUAGAGGAGCUAGUGGAGCUAGUGGAGCUAGAGGAGCUAGUGGAGCUAGAGGAGCUAGAGGAGCCAGAGGAGCCAGAGGAGCCAGAAGAGCCAGAGGAGCCAGAAGAGCCAGAAGAGCCAGAGGAGCCAGAGGAGCCAGAGGAGCCAGAGGAGCCAGAAGAGCCAGAGGAGCCAGAGGAGCCAGAGGAGCCAGAAGAGCCAGAGGAGCCAGAGGAGCCAGAGGAGCCAGAGGAGCGAAGGAAGAGGACGAUGGCGCAGUUCCAGGAGUGGGCCAGGAGAAAGGAGGAGAGGGAAAGACAGGCAGGUAAACAGAUAGAAAGAGAGGAGCAGGGGGAGAGUGACAGUGGGAUGGAGGAGAAAGGUAAGGGGAGAGCGGUCAAGGCAUGGACCUUGACAAAGGAGGAGAGUGAAAUACAGGAGAAGUGGGAGAGGAGGGAAAGAAAGGUGAGGGAACAAGAGAAAAGGGAGAGGAAGGAGAGGGAAAGGCAGGAGAAGGAGGAUAGAAAACAAGAGGAAAGGGAAAGAAAAGAGAGGGAAAGGCAGGAGAAGGAGGAAAGAAAACGAGAGAAAAGGGAGAGGGACGAGUUAGAAAAGCGGGCGAGGGAGGAGAGAAAACGAGAGAAAAGGGAGAGGAAGGAGAGGGAAAGGCAGGAGAAGGAGGAU